UUUUUUGUUUUGGGAGUCUUUCCAAAAGGUCUAACAGCUGUGAUACAAACACAGCAGACUGUGAUGGCAGCAGUAGGAGAAGAUGUCCAUCUCAGCUGUCAGCUCAUGCAGUCUAGAGAUGUUCUUCAGGUCACAUGGCAGAAACUUUCACCUGAGGGGAAGGAGAAGAAUUUUGUUGGCUACAGAAACUUUGAGCAAGGAGUGAGUGAAGAUUUUCUUGGGAAAGUGGAGUUUAAAGAUGCUGGACUGCAGAACUGCUCCAUAGUUAUCAGGAAGGUGAUGGAGCAGGAUGAAGGCUGCUAUCUCUGUUUGUUUAACACGUUUCCUGAUGGUUCUCUGACAGGCAGAACCUGCCUCCAACUCUAUGGUCUAACAGCUGUGAUACAAACACAGCAGACUGUGAUGGCAGCAGUAGGAGAAGAUGUCCAUCUCAGCUGUCAGCUCAUGGAGUCUAGAGAUGUUCUUCAGGUCACAUGGCAGAAACUUUCACCUGAGGGGAAGAAGAAGAAUCUUGCCACCUACAACAAACACUUUGGACAAACAGUGAAUCCUGGUUUUAAGGGGAAAGUGGAGUUUAAAGACGCUGGACUGCAGAACUGCUCCAUAGUUAUCAGGAAGGUGAUGGAGCAGGAUGAAGGCUGCUAUCUCUGUUUGUUUAACACGUUUCUUGAUGGUUAUCUGACAGGCAGAACCUGCCUCCAACUCUAUGAGCUGCAUGAACCCAUUCUACAAAUCAGAGAAUCAAAGUCUACUGAAGAGACAGUUGUGUCCUGCUCGGCCACAGGUCGUCCUGCUCCCACAUUAACUCUGAAUGUCCCACAACAAGACCUCUACUUCUCUCACAACAGCACAGUCAGUGUCACCAACACCAACGGUCUAACAGCUGUGAUACAAACACAGCAGACUGUGAUGGCAGCAGUAGGAGAAGAUGUCCAUCUCAGCUGUCAGCUCAUGCAGUCUAGAGAUGUUCUUCAGGUCACAUGGCAGAAACUUUCACGUGAGGGGAAGAAUAAGAAUUUUGCCACCUACAACAAACAGUUUGGGCAAACAGUGAAUGCUGGUUUUCAGGGGAAAGUGGAGUUUGAAGAUGCUGGACUGCAGAACUGCUCCAUAGUUAUCAGGAAGGUGAUGGAGCAGGAUGAAGGCUGCUAUCUCUGUUUGUUUAACACGUUUCCCGAUGGUUCUCUGACAGGCAGAACCUGCCUCCAACUCUAUGAGCUGCAUGAACCCAUUCUACAAAUCAGAGAAUCAAACUCUACUGAAGAGACAGUUGUGUCCUGCUCGGCCACAGGUCGUCCUGCUCCCACAGUAACUCUGAAUGUCCCACAACAAGACCUCUACUUCUCUCACAACAGCACAGUCAGUGUCACCAACACCAACGGUACAGUCACCGUCACCACUACAGCUGUGCUGUCUGGUUUCCAUGGAAACGACACACAGGUUGGAUGUGCAGCACGACUGCUCUCAGUCCCUGAAAUUCAGGUGUUUAAGACGAUUCCUGCAGUGAAACUGUUUUCAGUUCUUGGUUUUGAUGAUGAAUCUGGAUCUGAUGAGAAUUUCACUUUGAUUGUUACAUUGAUCACAGCAGUGGUCGUUGUUUGUGUUGCUGUAGUCGUCACUGUCCUGCUCAGACAUAAACACAAGAACAGUCUGUCGCACAGGGAUGCUGAGGAGAUGGAAAUGACACAAGAACCAAUCGAAGACCCUGAUGAGUGAAUCUGGAGAACGAACAGAUCAGGAAACGGUCACCUGAGAAGAAAGAUCCAAAAGUGGAGAAACCAGAACCAUCAUCUUCCAGUUAAAAGUCUAUUUAGUGACAAACAACCUACAAAGACUGUAGUUUCAAUAUGAAGUCAGUCAGACUUGAACAAAGCUGUAUCAAAGCAUGUGUUGGUAAAAUGUUCAGACAUUGUAAAAGAAUCAAAAAGUGUCCUGAACAAGAUGAAUCUCCCAUCUUAUAUCUCCAGAUCAAAAACAUUAAUGUACACAGAGGUUUUGAUGUUUUUGUAUUAUUUUUUACCAUAUUUUUGU